AUGGAAACACUUCCUAUUGUCGAUGAGAUAGCUCUUGUGCCUAGAGAUGUUGGCGGUGAAGAGGAUUCUUCAGCUGUUGAUAGUAUAACAAUCGUCAGCCGGGCUGAAAAAAAGAAAAACAAAUUGGUCAAAAAGUUUAAUCGGAAUCCUCUGUCUUUCUAUCAGGUUAUUAUAAUUGGAAUUAUUGUUCUCAUCAUCAUCAUUGGCUGUGUAGCUGUCGAAACAUACAUAAGUACAAAUAAAUUGCGACCAAACGUCCAUCCCCACUCAUCAGAUGAUGAGAAGUAUCAUCGUAGAAUAGUGGACAAAGUAAACUCUCAGAAUAUUGCUUGGAAGGCAAAAUAUAAUCGAUUUGCAUCUCGAAGUGUCGAUGACGGGUCAAGCUCAGGAGAUGCAGAAAGGAGUCCAAUUUUGGAACGGCUGAAGAUGUCGCCACAGCAACUACUUCAAGAUACAAAACAACAUUUAAAGGAAUUAUUACAUUAUAACAUGAGUAUUCCAACCGUGUAUGACACGCGUUUUAAAUAUCCUCAAUGUUGGUCGGUACAUCAGAUAUACAACCAAGCUGGCUGUGGAUCAUGCUGGUCGGUUGCAGCAAGUUCUGUUAUGUCUGAUCGUAUUUGUAUUUCCUCGAAUGGAACCACACAAAUUCAAAUAAGUGCCCUGGAUUUAACAUCUUGUUGUCAUACUUGCGGAGGAUGUCAAGGAACUCAUUGGGCUCUAUCUGCCUUUACUUAUUGGAAAGAGCACGGAGUCGUUUCAGGGGGAUCAUACGGUACUCAUGAGGGAUGUCGACCGUACACGAUUGAGCCUGACUGUGGAAGUCCAUGCUCGUCAAGUCAAUACUCCAAAGAACGAACGCCUUCUUGUACAAGAGAAUGCCGUCCUCAUUAUGACAGAAAGUACGACGAAGAUAUCACAAAAUCUAGACGUGCUUACUGGAUUCGUGCUUUCCAUGGAAGUGCUGAGUUCACCUUAGUAAAAGUUACUUUAGACGAUCUGGUCGGAGAUAAAUAUGUAUCUUUAAUACAAAAAGAAAUUUUAUUACAUGGCCCUGUGUUAGCCUGUUUUACACUUUAUGAAGAUUUUCAACAUUAUUCGAGUGGAAUAUAUUCCGUUGAUGAGAUGCGCUCGGAGCAGUUAUACGGUCACUGUGCAAAACUUCUGGGAUGGGGAGUGGAAGAUAAUAAGAAAUAUUGGCUUUAUAGUAAUACUUGGGGUCGUGAUUGGGGUGAAAACGGCUUUUUCCGAGUUUCUUUCGAUGAAAUUCCUGAAGAAGUUGUAGCCGGUGUUUUAUAA